UGAGGCUGGCCUCGCAAAACAUCAAAAUGGGAGUGAGCAAGUGGAGUGAGCUCCCAAAGUUUUUACAUGUUUGAUUCAAAUUCAAAGCCGGCAAACGCUUCAUAACGUUUCUAUGACGUUUCAAGUUCUGUAGAAACUAUUUUGUCACUGUUUAUACUAUGUGUUUGGUAUGAAAGUUUCUGAUAGCUUGGAGAACAGUUUUUUAAUGGUUGUUGAUAGAUAGUGUGAACGAACAGCCAGCCAAGGAUAAUGCAGUCCAUGCAACUUGACCUGUCCAAAUACAUUGGAUUUACUGUCGGUAUAGGUAUUGGUAUAGUUGUUGGCCUCAUAGCUGCAAGGGUGUAUGACAAAAGCAAAGUAAGGAAAAAGCGGGAAGAUCUCAUAAAAGCGAUAGUAAAGCUUUCUGCAGAAGUUGAGCAAUUACAGCUUGUUUGCUCUGCCAGGUCAUCGACGAAAACUGUUGGAGUUGUAUCAAGUAGCACUACAGUCGCUGAAAGGACAGAUGCUCUUGAUGAUGACGAUGAAACUGAUGUAUUCUUUGAGCUUGGAAAUAAUGUUGAGGACACGGACGCCCUAGAAACAGAUUCAAGUCAAAGGAAUUCAGUAUCUAGCAUCUCUGAAAGCCUUAAAGAAACAGACAAACUAAGAGAGGGAAGUGAUGAUGACCGAGUAAAGAGCUACAACUUAUUAACAAAUCUAGCAAAUCAGCAUUUUAACAAUUGUGAUGUUCUUUGGAGGCUUGGGAGAGCACAGUAUGAUAUGGCAAUGAUUUCAGGGAAAAGAGGAAACCAAGACGAAAAGGAAGAAUUUAUGAAAAAAUCCAUUGAAACGUGCAGAAAAGCAGUACAAAUGAAUGACAAUAGUGCCUUUGCACAUAAAUGGUAUGGGAUUGCUGUAGGAAAUUACUGUGAAUUUGUCGGUUCUCAAGAGAAGAUAAAACUAGGUUAUGAAUACAAAGAACAUAUUGAAAAAGCAAUAAAGCUGAACCCUGAUGAUCCUUCGGCAUAUAGUCUUCUUGGCAGAUGGUGCUAUGAGGUCUCGAUGCUACCUUGGUACAUGAGGAAAGUUGCUACUGCCGUUUUUGGGGAGCCCCCUUCUUCUUCAGUUGACGAAGCACUUCAUUAUGCAAUGAAGUCAGAGGAACUAAGACCAAAUUUUUGGAAGGAAAAUUUGCUGCUUAUCGCGAAGUGUUAUUAUCAAAAAUCGGAUUAUUCGAGUGCAAGAGAGUGGCUAGAAAAAGCGAAAGACCUCCCCGUGGUUAAUGAAGAUGAUUCUGUUGCGCAAAAGGAGAUCAUGGCACUUAUGUUGAAAGUUUGAAGACUGGAUGUUCCCACAACAGACAUUUCUAGCAAAACACAAUUCGUCAAAUGCAUUACAGGCAAAAACCAAGAUUAUUCGUAACCAAUCUAUUCUCCUUCGUUUAAGUAGGAAGUUUGUUUUGAAAUAACCUCGUCGUUUGUUUUAAUAUUCAAAAUAUGUUUUCCAAAUUCACUGACGAUUUUAUACUAA